AUGCACUUGAAGAUUAAAAUGCUUUCAUUGAAUGAUAUACCGUCAGAUGACUCAAGAAAAGACAAGGUACCGACAUCUGAAGAACUGUGUGACGCAACCAUAUCUCUGUGGAAAGAAGAUCCCGACACGGAGGUGUUACCGUCAUCCCAAUUAUUUGCUAGGGUUGUUCAAAGGUGUUCGGGAUGGAGUUUCGAUCAGGAGACGUUUGAAACUAUGUUAGUAGAAAAGAAUCUUUAUUCCUUAGAUGAGACAAAAUUACCAGUCUAUUCCCAUCUGAUUCAAGUCCCAGAAAUGUGUCCUGACUUAACUCUCAAUCAUGUUAAAACUUCAAACCAGUCAUCUAAAUAUCUAGGAAAUAUUAAGAUUUUGAGCACAUCAAAUAAUCACAUGGGGAGAGGGCUGUUUGCUGAGAAAGACUUUAAACCAGGUCAAUUGAUUUAUGUUGAGGAGGAUCCAAUCUGUAUUAUUCCAGCGAUCGAAAAGCUGGCAUUAAUAUCUCGUGGUAAAAUUUGUGCGUUGUGUAAUCUGUCAUUGGGCUCCAUCAGUUCACAUUUCAUUAUGAAAAAUGGAUUAGAUUGUAAUACAUGUGCAUCAGUUUGGUGCAGUAAAAAAUGCAAGAGUAAAGAUAUUAUUCACGGAGCGUUAAAACAUAAUAAGGGCAACAAAAACAAGGUGGUAAAUUGUGCCAAUUGGAACAAAUUUGAGGCACAUUGUCAAAAGACUUCUAAUGAUUCAGCAUAUUCUCUGGGUGUCAUUUUUGCUCAAUUAUUAUUGAAUAAAGAUUCGUCAAAGAGAAACAAACAGUAUUUAAAAGCUUUAUGUGGUGUAUCACAAAGAGUUAGAGUUAGGGGGCAGUAUUCAAUACAAGAAUCUGAAACCAGUGUAGAUAAAUUUGAAAACAAAUGGAGAGAAGUUUAUGCAUUGUUUAUAGAGAGUUUUCCAACACUGGCAGAUGAUAUCGAUUUUGAGACUUUCCUUUUUUGCAUAGGGAAAUUCAAUAUUAACAAAUUGUCUAAUAACCAAAUAUAUUUUAUUUCCUCAUUUAUCAAUCAUCAUUGUGAACCUAAUGUUAGAUAUGAAUUCGAUUCGAAGUUGAAAUUGAGUUUAUAUGCUAGGAAGGAAAUCAAGAAAGGUGAACAAUUAUAUAUCACCUAUGUCAACCCGUUACAUGGGGUUAUUUUGAGAAGAAGAGAAUUAAGGGUUCAAUAUGGAUUUAUCUGUAAAUGUUGUCGUUGCAAAAAGGAAUUGGAACAUUUGGACAUUCAUAAAAACGAUAAGGAAUAUGAUAGAGAUGAAAUAACAAAAAAUAAUAAACUGAAUAAGAAUAGUAUGGACGAACUUAACCGUGGUAAUAUUGAUAAAAAUCAGGGAAAUCGUAAUAAUGAAAUGGCAAGGAGAAAAUCUUCUAUGAGAAAUCAGAGACCUGAUUUACAAGAGUUGUUGAAAAAUGGACAAGAAUUUGAAUUAGAAAUACCUGAUGUUAUAAAUAUAGGAGGAAGAAGAAGAAGGACGUCAGUACGGUUUGAUGAGACUGUUUCAAUGGCGAUUGAAGAAUAA